AUGGAUUCACCGGACGCGAAGCGGCAACGCCUGGACUCUAGCACGUCCUACAAUCUGCGAUGCCGGACCCUGGUCACCACCAGUAGUAUCGACCCACCGGACGCCAAGCGCCAGAGGCUGGACACGGCUGCAUCGCAGAGCAGCACAUCGACGGUCGGCCCUCCCGUCGCCGCCACGGAUUCAAGGAGCGUCACCUUUCAUGUGACGUUUAUGGCCGGCCCCACAGAAACCAGUGAGGACCGCCUCUUUGCCGGCGCCCAGAGCCGCUACAGCAGCUUCAUCGCUGGCGUGAAUACCGCCGGCCAGGGGAUAGUAAUCAUGCAGAUUGACGAUGUCAUCCUCGGCAGGCUGGAGAGCAGCCACGCGUUCGGCCACCGUGUGACGUUCGCCAACAUGGAUUCAGCUUCCCUGCCGCCUUACAUAACUUCUCGUUUCGCUGGGGUGACGGUGGGGCAGUUUAAAGUCUCCUCAGCGACGCGGAUUUCCGUGGAGCCCUCCUCCGCUGUCCCAAUGCUCUACAGCGCCAGGCUUCGGUUCCCUGCUUACGAUGUCGGCAGCGACAGGGCCCGCCCCGAAGACAAGCACGUGUCGGAUGGCAGCGCCCUCCUGCUCAUCCCGCACGGCGGGAUGUUCCGGGGCGGGCCGUUCCGCAAGUUUAAGGCGUGGGUCGCGUGCGGCAACGGUGACAGUCCCGACGCCGGACGCGUGGAGCUCGCCAUCAGGGAGUCCGCUCCCGACGACUUCGUCGCUCAGCUACAAGCAGCGGCCGAUAGCAGCACGCCCCUUUACGUGUAUGGUGCCAAGAUCAGCCCCUCCUCUAACAAAGCUUAUAUGAAUAGCGUCUUCCUCAGCGGCUCGCUUGUAGCAGCAGCGAGUGCCCCCGGCAAACGCCCUCCCAAGCGAGUGCACACCUUCCAGGCGGCUGUUCAGCGAACUACCGCGGCCACCGUGCCCGCCGACACAACUGAUAUGGUAUUGGCUUGGGAGCAGCGUAGCCGCAGUGCCCUUGUUUUACCGUCGGAUGGUCCACACGCCUCGGCCACCCUGUCGCCCAACCCCACUUCUGUCACUGUAGUCGGCUCACUACCGGUCCUCCCGCUCGUCCUCACAGUCGGCAGCCGCAGUUAUCCGGUGUGCACCGACAGCAUCGCCGUCAUGCAACAGUUACCGAACUACGACGAGUUCUUCGGCAGUGCCAGCUUCGCAGACAAUAAUGAUCGUAUGGCGUACACCGCUUACGACUCAUUCACCGUCACCGGUACCAUCACCACCAAGACAGAAGGUUCGCAUGCGUUGAAGCUGCUGCUCCGGCAAGCCUUCACGCUGUUCUCUUCGGUGGCUUCCAGUAGGCGCGUGCAUUGCAUAUUUGCGUGCAUCGUGGUUCCUGGUGCCGAGCAUUUCCAUGCCGAGCUUUUCCUGCAAGGUCUCCAUCGCGCGUGUCUCUAUUUCCGCACGGCGGUCGUGUAUCCAGUGUUGGCAGUUGUGAUACUCCACGUCCUGCGAUGGGUACUCUGCUUGAUCGACAACGAGGGCCCUAAUAACACACGGACGCGACGUACGAGUGCCACUGGAUCCACAUUUCGGCCGCCACAGCUGCACGUUGCCACAACGGAUGUCGUGCCAGUACACCGUCCUGCCGCCUAUGCGGCGCUGCUGGCUGCUGCCGAUCGCGCGACCAUGCAGGCACCGCGGCUUCUGCCAUUCACCAUGCACUCGACAGGCACCACGGCUUCUGCUAUUCACCAUGCACUCGACAGCGGCUCUACUGUGUAUGGCAGUCCUUCUGGAUCCAAGUUGUACCGGGUCAGUAACCCGAUAGAACUUGCGUCCGGAAGGCCUUCACAGCAGCCAUUCGCAGUCGGCUCACUACCGGUCCUCCCGCUCGUCCUCACAAUCGGCAGCCGCAGUUAUCCGGUGUGCACCGACAGCAUUGCCGUCAUGCAACAGUUGCCGAACUACGACGAGUUCUUCGGCAGCGCCAGCUUCGCAGACAAUAAUGAUCGUAUGGCGUACGCUGCUUACGACUCGUUCACCGUCACCGGUACCAUCACCACCAAGACAGAAGGGCUGGGUGCAUUCCGUGCACUUGUGGGUUCGACUCCCACACAAGUUGGCGGCGUCCCUCGCAUCUACACUGACAAGCACGCGUCGGAUGGCAGCGCCCUCCUGCUCAUCCCACACGGCGGGAUGUUCCGGGGCGGGCCGUUCCGCAAGUUUAAGGCGUGGGUCGCGUGCGGCAACGGUGACAGUCCCGACGCCGGACGCGUGGAGCUCGCCAUCAGGGAAUCCGCUCCCGACGACUUCGUCGCUCAGCUACAAGCAGCGGCCGAUAGCAGCACGCCCCUUUACGUGUAUGGUGCCAAGAUCAGCCCCUCCAAUAGCAAAGCUUAUAUGAAUAGCGUCUUCCUCAGCGGCUCGCUUGUAGCAGCAGCGAGUGCCCCCGGCAAGCGCCCUCCCAAACGAGUGCACACCUUCCAGGCGGCUGUUCAGCGGACUACCGCGGCCACCGUGCCCGCCGACACGACUGAUAUGGUAUUGGCUUGGGAGCAGCGUAGCCGCAGUGCCCUUGUUUUACCGUCGGAUGGUCCACACGCCUCGGCCACCCUGUCACCCAACCCCACUUCUGUCACUGUAGUCGGCUCACUACCGGUCCUCCCGCUCGUCCUCACAAUCGGCAGCCGCAGUUAUCCGGUGUGCACCGACAGCAUUGCCGUCAUGCAACAGUUGCCGAACUACGACGAGUUCUUCGGCAGCACCAGCUUCGCAGACGAUAAUGAUCGUAUGGCGUACGCUGCUUACGACUCGUUCACCGUCACCGGUACCAUCACCACCAAGACAGAAGGGCUGGGUGCAUUCCGUGCACUUGUGGGUUCGACUCCCACACAAGUUGGCGGCGUCCCUCGCAUCUACACUGCCCCGGCCCCUCCUCCUGAGCCACCUGCUCCUACAGCUGCAGCGACACUCGACCAGCCAACGUCUCAGACGGCCACGGAGCUGCCCCGCCUGGCGGCCUUCCACGGCACACAUCCGCUCUACAGAACACAUGUCCACGUCCGCCUGCCGCGGCCGCGCUAUGUACAGCUUGGAGGCUCUCUUCCCCGCCGGCCCCGCCCUGGCACCUCUGCUGCGGGCAUGGCGCAGUACUAUGCGUUUGUCCUGGGUACUUUCAAAGCUCACCGGGGUCAGCCCAUCCCCCCCGGGCUGACUGUAAAGGAAGCCUACGACACCUGGUGGGCAGAGCUGGGCACUACCGAGGCAGGUCGCUCGUACCAGGCGUAUGUAUCGGUGCUGCUGGACAACAUCGAAGAGGACCACGCUGGGAAAGCCCGCCGUCAGGCGGAGUACAACCAGCGGCGCCGCCAGCAGCGUGCGGCAGCGGCAGCAGCGGUGCGGCCUGAAGGUGACAGCACGAGCGCUUCAGAUGGAGAUGCCGAUGACGGCGUCCGCGGGCAUCUCAGGCCUGAUCCUGAAACACAGCCGCCCGCCGAGGACCAGCUGGAGCACUUCGUGUACAUCCCAGGUCAGGAGUAUCCGACGGCUGGCACCGACCUCGCCGCCGUCGCUCUUACGGACCUGUUUGACUGCACCAACGCUGCUGGCGUGUAUGCCUAUGAUGCAGCACGGCGCUGCCGAGCCCCGGCCCUAGCGGACGGCCAUGGUGCACGCAGCAAUCGUUUCAGCCGUCGGAUCACGCCAGCGGACCUGCCCCUCCUGACUGAAGCGACCAAGCGUCUGAAGCGGUAUCUCGUUGCAGCAGCAGCCGGGACUGUUGAGGCAGAUGGGGGCGCCCACACGGGACUGACGGCCACACCUGAGAUGGACACCCCUCAUGUCGAGCUGCACCGCCCCACCAGCGGACCCCUGGUCGCCAUCGUGCGCAUGCCUGGCACUCCUGAGCGGACUGAACAGGCUCGCAUGCCCAUCUAUGUGCACCUCCCCCAGCCGCCCAGCAUCGACGACACCAUUGAGCUGUUCACGCUUGCCCCCCACCAGGCCGUGCCCUUCAUGCUCAUGGCUCGGUACUUCGAUCAUCGUGAUGAGCCCAACCCUGGCGACCCGCCGCAGAUGCUUGUGGAGGGCAAGCCCAGUACCGGAAAGAGCCAGUUCGUACAAGCGCUCCUGUGGUACACCUUCCAGCAUGGCUGUCCGCACUGGGCGGCCACCUGCACCUACUCAUGGGCUGCUGCAACUGCCUUCAGCACGCCGGUGCAUCGCAGCCUCUCUACCCACGCCAUGUUUGCCCUAUCUGCUGGCAGCAACCGAGCGGACAGCGUCAGGAAAGGCAGCGCAGCCAGCCUACAGGUGCAUCGGAAUGUCGGCGAUGGUGCACUCAUUAUUGACGAGAUCGGCAUGAACAGCCUGGACCACCUGGGUGCGUGCAACCAGUCCUGCACUCGUCACCUGUUGCCGCCACCGCAUCUCGCCGGCGACCACCCCGCCGCCACCAUCUUCAGCGGCCGUCCCAGUGCCAACACGGGCGACGAGUUCCAGCACCCGAAGCCAGGUGGCCCGCCCCUCUACAAGUACGCCGCCGCUGUGGAAUGCAACCCUCAGUUCUCGCCCUCUGUCCCGACCGCGCAACCUCUGCACGGAGAGGAGGACAACGAUGACGAUCCUAAUGAGGCCGCCGCUGGAUCUCAAGGCGGUCAGCAGCAACCCGAAGCAGCAGCACGCCGGCCCCGGGCCGUCCCACAGACGCAGAGCUGCAUACUUGAGGGCUUCCGGGUUUACCGAUCGCUGGCUAAGACGGUCUUCUUGCUGGAGAAGCAGCAGCGCCAGGACAGCAGCCCCUCUGGUCGUCGCCUGACAGAGUAUGCCUCUAUGUUUGGCGGGGAGCCAGCCACUGAGCAGCGCAUAGCUGAGAUGGUCGACGACCUCAACAGCCGCGCCAUCGUCGACUUGGCCGACCUGGCACACCUCGAGCCGCGCGUCGUGCUGCAGAGGAACGAACCACACCACACACUCAAUACCCGGCUCAUCAUGCUGGAGGCACAGCGCAAGAAUCAGCGCCUUGUGGUGUGGAAUGCGGACCACGUCCCUGUCCAGAAGCGUGGUGCUGCUGCGGAACCGGCCCUGACACACGUGGAGAAAGCAGUUGCGAUGCGGAUCAAGGAUCACGAGUUUGGCCACACCACCGCCGACACGUGGUACUACCAUGGCGCCCGAUACAUCCUCCUUGAUACGACUGCUGCCGAUGCCGGAGCCAGCCACAACAACGAGGUGGAAGCCUGCGGCCUGCUUGAGGAUGGCCGCGAGCCAGCAGAUGACGGCCGUGGCCCCUACCGCCGGCUCAAGUACCUCCCAGCGGCUGUCAUUGUGCGGCCUAUAAGCGGCCACAUCCCCGGCACCGUGCUGCAGGGCCUUGGAGACUACGCCAGCAGGGGUGGUGCCUUCAUCCUGUCACCCCGGGCGUCUUGCAUUGCCGAGGUUGACAUGCCUGCCGCCGGGUACGGCACCAUCACAAAGCAGAUCCGGCGCCUCAACGUGCCGCUCGGCGACCGCCAGGCGGUCACCGAUUACUUCGUGCAAGGCCGCAGCUUCAAAGACGAGUGCUGGCUGGUGGAUCUCGCUGUCCCACCCAACGGCAUCAAGCGCGCCACCCUGUAUGUGCUGCUGACCCGCUUCAAGACGCUGGACCACGUCCGUCUGCUCCGGCCGCUCUACACUACACCGCACGAGCGCAAGAGGAUAAUCAAGCAGUUCCUCAGCGCGACUAACCUCGAGCCGGACCUGGCCGCCAACCUGCGCCUGCUGAAGCAGGCAGCGCGCGAGACGGAGCAGCGGUAUACAGCGGAGUUCCAGCAUGCGCGACAGCUAGAAGCACGCUGGACCCCCUCGGCCCGAGGCUAG